AUGGGCCUCCUGAAGUUCUUCUCUUCCAAGAAGUCACCCAACAAGCCGCAAAACGAGAUCAAGGUCCAGGCCUAUGAUGCCACCACUGCUUCCCUUCCCCCGCUCCUAGGAACAUAUCCCGUGGCUGGAAAUGGCCCAACAGCUGUCUUUGAGGGCUUGCAACGGUCUCAUUACAAAAUGAGCGAGACCAACUUGUCUUUUAUGACGGAUUUCGACAUCGCAGCUCCAGCCCCACCAGUUCCUCGAUUCCGCGAUACCAGUGCCCAACGUCCCAGUUCCGCUCCUGGCGGCGACUGGCGGAACCCAUCUCCAUCAAGUAAACCAGCGAGAAACUCGUCGAGGGGCCCGCCUCUCUCGUUCCGAAAACCGCGCAUCGGAUCGCUAUCGUCAACAAACUCAGGCUUCUCCCCCACGCCGAAGCAGCGGGCCGAUCUCUCGGCCGUCCCCUUCGAGGGCGACCCGUUCUUGCCUCCGCCAGCUCCGUUUUCACAUUCUCGUCAUAUGUCUAUGCGAAGUACUGGUACAGCCGCGAGGGGCUUUGUCGACCUUCUCGAUGCUCAGUCAGAAAUCAGACCAUCCGGCUUCCAAAGUCGGGUCAAGGCGUCGGGGGCGCGGGACUAUGGCGAAGAUGUCGCUGACAGGAAUAUUGGCGAGAACGGUGUUGACCUGGCAUCCGAGAGGGUCCAGGAAUUCUACGCCGCGAACACAAAUUUACGACCUCAAACCACAGGAACUUGUGUGAGGGACAAGAGAGAGACGUUUGUAAAUCCUGGGCGUCGUGAGUCCACGGUCAAUGAAAACCGCACCAAGUCGUUGACCACGUCGAUCGGCCAAGUCUCAUUUCGGUCCAACAUCUUGAACCCCGAAAGCUCUCUUAGCCGACAACCGAUCAUGGAGUCCGUUGCCGGGUCGGGUAGCGUUCGGCGAAGGCAAUCGUUGGGUGCUUACAUCCCAACUGCCCCCGUCUCGUUCGUCUCCUCAUUCGUCCCAGCCGGACCUUUGAACAGUCACCCCAUGACCUUCGGCGCAAUUGCCCCUCAAAUUGCCGCGAGGCAGCAGAAAAGACGCUCUACACUAGGUGGAGAGGCCCCAUUGGACACAAUGAGCAUACUGUCGACUUCGGUUGGCGGACAGGCCGAGUCUUCGUUGUCGCCAAAGACGUCACAGAAGCCACCUUACCUGGUCAAACACAAUUACUCGUUGCCUGUCCAACAACGACCGAAGACGUCAGGCCACAGUUAUGUCGAGUCGUUUCAGUCGAUGAGGCCGUCAUCCCGCGGAGGGUCAGUAGCUAGUUCCACAUUCUCCUCCCCAACCCAGAAGAACUCGUCAUCCAAACGGCACACCUUGUUCGCGAGAGGUCCAACUGCCCGCCAUACCGAGUGGCCACGGAACGCGAAGCUCGAUGAACCGAUUGACACAAGGGGAUGGGUCAGCCGAGUUGAGAUUGAGAGCUUUGAAAAUUCCGCGGAUGUGGCCUUGUCAGCCCCUUCACCGCAUGUGAUGAGAAGUGGCCGCUUGUGGCUUGAGGAACAAGAGGACUCGUGUCAGAGCCCGAAGGCCCCUUUGUCGCCGCACGGGAUAGGUACUCAGGAAGAGACCUUGGAGCAUUUUUCGAUGAGGAAAAGCAGCUUGCGUCAGUGGUCCAUGUCGUCUUCGUCUCCGACCACGUCAAGCACUAGCAGUUUCCAGCGCACGCAUUCUCGACGCACCACGACGACCUCGAUUGAUUUGGCUACCAAGUCGUCGCUCAGGAACGACAGCCAGACUUCGCUGCAUAGCGAGACAGGCGAUUUCGCCGCGUAUUGCGCAGCCCUCGAGAACGCCCUGUCGGCUCCCAUGGACCUGGCUAACCCCGAGACAAGCUUCAAUAUGGAUGACUACUUGUCAUCCGAGGACGACGUCGACGCGGACUCGUUUAUCACUACCCGUGAAAGGGAAUCAGUCCAUAUCGGCGGCAACGAGGAAGAACUUCUAUUCAGCGUCGAGGGUUACGGUGAACAGGGUUUUCAGCUGCCAGGGCUUUUUGACACUAUUUCCAAAAUACCAGACUCCAGCGCCACGUCACUAGAGCACUCGAAUAAGCGGUUCACGCUGAGUAACCCUAGUUGGUUCGCCCGCAGGGCGUCGCUGGACUCUUGGGCCGAGGCUCCUAUCUCGCCCGUCAAAGAAGAGAAAGGGAAAGAGGACGACGACAGCCUUUUUGAUAUCCCAAUUAGAUCGGAUCUGGCCCUCGGCCCCAGAGGCACACGGAGGAUCUCGGCGCUUGGGACCAUGUACCAGAGCACCUAUGCGAAUAGGGAGGAGGACAAGGCCGACGUGUGGAUGGCUGUACGGAUGCGGAAGGAGGCCAAGGCGCGGCAGCGGGUGGUGGUCAGGACCAGCAAGUCCCUUCAGAGGCUGGCUUGA